AUGGAGCCUCUUAUCGAUAGGAAUAACUUCGCCGUGAGUGCUAUGGUUACUGUCGCGAUGCAAGUCUUAUUCUUCACCAUCGCAUCGCUCUCACAGAGUGAUAAGGUGACAGAUUUUACAGGAGGAGCCAAUUUUAUCAUCAUCGCUUUAUUGACUUUCUUUCUGGGACAAGGGGGCAACACUUUGAAAAGCUAUGAUAGCAGACAACUCAUGGUCACGGCGUUCGUGUGUUUGUGGGGUGUAAGACUAUCCGGGUAUCUUAUAUACAGGAUCUACCACAUAGGGCGAGAUAAACAAUUCGAAGAUCGCAAGAGUAACACACUGAGGUUUGCCGUUUUCUAUACAUUUCAAGCUGUUUGGGUGUACAUAGUCAGUCUUCCAGUUAUUAUCAUAAAUUCUUCACAUCAUUCGUAUCCAAAAGCUCCAAAAACUAUGACGACUUUGGAUUCAGCGGGAGCUGGGGUUUUUGUUUGUGGAUUGUUGAUUGAAACCUAUGCAGAUUUACAGAAAUUCGCGUUUAGGCAGGAACCUGCCAAUCAAGGAAAAUGGUGCAACGAUGGACUUUGGGGUUUGUCUCGACACCCGAAUUAUUUCGGCGAAGUGGUUUUGUGGUGGGGUAUAUUUAUAAUAUCGCUCAACAUUAUUGAAGGUAUCGAAUUCAUUGCAAUAUUAUCACCACUGUUCACGACCGCCAUUAUUUUAUUCUUAUCAGGAAUACCGCUCCUCGAACGAUCCGCGGACGAAAAGUACAGAGAUAACCCAGAUUAUUUAUAUUACAAGUCGUCUACGUCCCCUUUUAUACCGAUACCGCCGUCGUUUUACGUGGAAGUGCCAAAGUUCCUUAAAUGUCUAAUUUGUUGUGAGUUUCCGAUAUACGACUACACAAGCGAAGAGUUUGCGGCGCCCACUAUCAUCACCGAGACCACCAGCAUAUCGAUGGUACAGUCCCAGACAUAG